GUCACACUGAGCGCGAAGUUUCCUUUCGGAGAGUGAAGCUGGAAAAACAGACAUGGCGGAGGGCGUCGUGUCCCUGACCGCGGUUAAACAGGAGCCCGAUGAAGACCCGGGAGAUCCGAACAACGCCUCGGUGGACAUGAAAGAAGCUUUGGUGCAAACUGAUAUCAAGAUCGAGAAGAUGCUGCAGGAAGGGUUUCAUGGCAUAAAAAAGGAAAACCCAGACAUUUUUGUUGCCUCAUGUUUCCCAGCAACACCAUCACCAGCAACACCUCUGGCUUCAUUUCCUUUCAACUUACCUCAUCCAACAUGCGAUACAACAUUGACAAAGGCUACCAAAACCUGUUGCCAGUCCUCCCAGACAGACUUACCAUCCACUAAUAUUAGCCAGAAAAGGGAAAGGCUUACACCCCAUGAAGAGACGGCUACAUUUGAGGCUGGAUCUGGUGGUAUGAUGACUAGAUCAAAAUUCAGAGCCAGUGAAAAGAUGACACUAUUUGUAUUGGGAUCUAGGGAGAUGACAACUCCAGCAAAGAGAUUCAGUGACGUGACAACUCCAGCUCGCCUGGGAUCCAGUGGAAUUAAAAGUUCAGGAACAAAGAAAUUCAAGAAGAGGAGAAUGUUGGUCAAGAAUGGAUCCAGGGAGAAGGGAUCCAAUGGGAUGGUCAUGCCAACUAUGAAGGGAUUUAUUAAGAGGGCAACUCCAACCAAGGAUAAAUCCAGUGUGAUGACAUCAACUGAAGAGGGAUUGUGCGGCUUAACGGCUCCAGUUGUGGAGGAAUCCAGGAGGAUAUCAGCUCAAGCAAAGCAGAGAUCAAACCAGUACUCAGCCUCAUUCAGGAAAAGACCCAGUGAGAGCACAGCUGCAGAUAAGAUGGGAUUCACUGGGACAACAAAUCCAGGUCAAGACAGAUCUAGUUGCAUAAACAUUGCAGGUGAAGAGGGAUCAUGUGGGAUCCUAAGUCAAGCAAGAAAGAGAUCCAUUGAGUGGUCAGCUUCAGCCGUAAAGAGAUCCAGAAUGUGGACAACACCAUCUGAAGAGAAUGACUCCACUGACCCAACAACUUCCUCUGAUAAGGUAUCAAUUGGUCUGAGAACUCCAUCCCAUGGUCCAACAAUUUCCGCCACGGAGGACUCAAGUGACCUGACAACUCCAGGCAGCAAUGACUUCAAUAGAUGGCACAGUGCUACUGAUGAGGAUGAACAGCCACCUGCACUUCCAUUCUGCCCCAAGAGAACUCCUGGAGUCCAGCUGGAUUCCUGCAGGACGUACAGCCCUUCAGAACUUUUUCAACUAUACUUCAGCAGAAACGUUAUCCAGACCCUUUGUGAUAACACCAACACAAAUGCGAAAAGAAAGCUCAGCCAGGGGAAAACAACAUCAUGGUCAAAUGUGCACCCUGAAGACAUGCUAACAUUCCUCAGCAUUAUCAUCUACUUUAGCCUUAUGAAAACCUCAUCUAUCAGAGACCUCUGGAGAAAGGACCAGCUUCAGAACUUAUGCUUUCCUUCCUGCAUCAUGCAAAGAAAACGGUUUGAAGAUAUCAAAGCUCAUCUUCGCAUGAGUGACCCAGGUGAGGAUGCUGUCAAUGACCAGCUGAAAGGUCAUCCAAAAUAUGAUCAUCUGUUCAGUUUGAAGCCACUUAUGGAUCAAAUUCACACAGCCUGUAGGUCUUUUUUUCAUCCUUAUGAAAAUCUAUCAAUGGAUGAACAUAUGGUGGUUAUGAAGACACAGACUGGUCUUAAGCAGUACUUGAAAGACAAAUGGGGCUAUAAACUCUUUACCCUGGCUGACUGCAAGACUGGCUAUGUGUGUGAUUUUAGCAUCUCUGAAUGCAAAGCAUGGAAACCAAGCAAAAAUGGUCUGAGUUUUAAUGUAGUCACUGGCUUGCUCAAUGUGUCCCUUCUUGGAACCGGGUAUAAUGUUUACAUUGAUGAUAUCCACAGCAGUCCUGCACUUUUCACCCAUCUCCACCAGCUGAACUAUAGAGUCUGUGGAACUAUGCAGGUAACUUCAAGCAGAAUUCCUUCAACCCUGGUCAAUGCCAUGCCUAAGAAAGCCCAACAGGGGGAAAUGAGGUGGAUCAGAGAUGGCCCUCUGUUGUUCGUAAAGUGGAAAGACACUCGAGAGGUCACCAUGUGUUCUUCGAUUCAUAAGGCAUAUAACGGGAAGACGGCCGAGCGCCGAAUAAGGAAACCCAACGGAACUUGGUCCGUUCGUCGAGUCCCAGUUCCUGAGCCGGUGCUCGAUUACAAAAAGCACAUGGGUCAAGCUGAACUCUCGGAUGCCCUCAAGUAUUACAGCCAUACUCUGAAAUCCAGUCGAUGGUUCUUCAAGAUGUUCCUAAACUUCAUUGAGAUCGCUGUAAUAAACUCAUACAUUUUGCACAAGGAACUUGCUCUGGAGAAACAAGGCAAGCCCUUAACUCAGAAGCACUUCCGGGAGGUUCUUUGCCAGGAACUUGCCGCCCUAUGUAGUAAAGACUCUGCCACCUUUAAAACCCCAAAGAACAACCUAUCCCCUCUCCCUCAACCACAUGAAGAGCGCAAACCUCAAGGAUGUUUCCCAGUCCGCAUGUACUUAGACUCUUCAAAGAUGAAGUCUCAAUGGAAAAAAACCUGUAUGCACUGUCAUUCGGGUGAAACGGUAUUUAAAUGUCGGUCAUGUGAUGUGCCACUUUGCAUCACAAUGGAUCGCAUGUGUUUCACCGACUGGCACGACAGCAAGAAAAACUAACAAGCUCUUUGUUAUUGUAGACCAUUGCAGUUUUUGCACAAUUAAUAGUGGUUUGAUACUAUCCUUUGUUUGAUAAAAAAAAAGUUUGCUUUUAAUUAUGUAUUGUUUGUCCUUGCCGAUCUCGAUUACUAUUAUACUUAUUUUGUUCAAGAGAAAUAAAACUGCUGAUCUGUAAAGUUAGGGUGAUUAAUAAAAAUAAAACUAUACAGUUUAA